AAAUAUGGUAGUUGUUUGGUUUGUCCAAUAACAUUUUCUUUAUUUUGUGAUCCAGUUAUUGCUGAAGAUGGUCAUACAUAUGAACGUCAAGCUAUUACUGAUUGGAUUCAACAUAAUAGUACAAGUCCAUUAACACGUGAAUCAAUUACAAUUACAGGAUUACGUCCAAAUCAUGUUGUUCGAAAUUUAAUUGAUGAAUUUCGAAAAACUUUAUCGAAACAUAAUUAUAAAUUUAAAUUAGGUGUUGAUAUUGAACGUUCUCAAAAGCCAUUUUUUCAAACAACAGGUAAAGCUAUUUUUGAAGCUAAAUGGAUUGGUAAUCCUAAUGGACCACCUAUUAUUUUGCUUAAAUUAUUUGGUGCUCGUGCUGAAAAAGAAGCAUCAUUUUAUGAACAUUUAACACGUCAUCCACAUAUUGUUUAUACAUAUGGUUUAGUCGAACAAUCAAAAGGUACUUCUAAUACAUUUGUUAUGCUUUUACAAGAAAUGGCACCCGAAGGAAGUUUAAUUAAUGUACUUGAACAUUGUUCAGAAAAAUAUCCUAAUAUUCCAUUAUCAGAUUUAUUACUUAAUCAUAUUUUUUUACAAAUAUGUGAUGCUAUGAUAUUUCUAUCAUCGAAAGAUAUUAUACAUGGUGAUCUAGCUUGUCGAAAUGUAUUAGUAUUUCAUUUUGAUAUACAAGAACCUAAUAGAACAUUAGUUAAAAUAACUGAUUUUGGUAUUAGUCGUGGUAAUACUAUUUAUUCAAAAAUAGAUGCUGUAGCUACAGUUAUUAAUACAAUCCCACUUCGAUCAUCAGCACCUGAAGUACUUCAAAAUAGUGAUGAUGAUUCAACAGAUGUUUAUUCAGAAAAAACAGAUAUGUUUGUUAUGGGUGUACUUAUGUGGGAAGCUUAUUCAAAUGGACAAAUGCCAUGGAGUGAAAUAAAUAGAGAAUCGAUAGUACGUCAAAAAGUAAUCAAUGGUGAACGUUUAUCACGUCCAGAUAAUUGUAAAUCUGAUUGUCAAUGGAAUUUAAUAUUAAAAUGUAUGUCACAAAAUCCUGAUGAUCGACCAACAUUUCAAGAAUUAGCUAAACAAUUAACAGAAUUUAUAAAUUUACCUAUUAAUUCAAAUUUAUCAAAUUCAUGUCAAUCGAUAAACAUUUCGAAAAAUUCAUCAAUUAUAGAACAAGAAAAAGAAAAACUAGACGAAAGUCCACAAUCUUCUUUUAUUAUACAAGAAACAGACCAUAAUAAUGCUGAUAAUUGUCAUGAACCAAUUCGACCAUCUCCUUCAUUGGCUGGUGUCAAUGUGGCAAGUAGACGUAAAUUUUUUGAAAAAGUAUUUGAACCACAGAGACCAUUGUCACCGACGAAAUCAUUACCCAUAAGAAAAAACACUGCAGUUACACCUCCUCGAGAAGAAUUAAUCAAGCUAACAAAAUGGCAUUAA